GAUUUGAUCGUAAUGUCUGAUUUGAUGUGUUCAGUGAAGACGGGGCGGGAGAGAUGGCUGCCAGUCUGGGGUUAUGCUGUAGGAGAGGAGUGCUAUGCACAUUUCUCACAUACCGAAAGGACGUCCGAAAAACGUCGCAAAGAGCCGUUUCCUUUCGAAUGGAUUCGGGUAAACAGAAAGUGAAUGGAAGUGAACUGUUCUACCAACGGACUGGAACAGGGGAUCAUGUCGUUUUGCUUCUUCCUGGAGCAUUAGGCAGCGGGCAGACGGACUUUGGCCCGCAGUUAACAUAUUUGAGUAAAGAGCGUUUCACUAUAAUUUCCUGGGACCCGAGAGGUUAUGGACGCUCUAGACCGCCUGAUAGAGACUUUCCACCCGACUUUUUUGACAGAGACGCCAAGGACGCUGUGGAUCUUAUGAAGGCUUUAGGGUUUGACAAGUUCUCUUUACUGGGGUGGAGCGACGGCGGUAUAACAGCGGUGAUCGCCGCUGCGCGGAACCCCUCCUCCGUCAACAAGCUGGUCAUCUGGGGGGCCAGCGCUUACGUAUCAGAACAUGACGUGAAGAUAUACAAUGCCAUCAAGGACGUGUCCACGUGGAGCAGCAAGAUGCGGAAACCCAUGGAGGACAUGUAUGGACCGGAGUACUUCACUAGGACGUGGGAGGCUUGGGUGGAGGCCAUGAGUGAUUUCGCUCAGAGGCCAGAUGGAAGCAUCUGCCGAGAUGUGCUGCCCCAAAUUGGCUGCCCCACCCUGAUAGUGCAUGGGGAGAAGGAUCCAGUGGUCCCUGCCUUCCAUCCUCAGUACCUGCUACAGAACAUCCGGGGCUCUUGUCUGCAUCUGAUGCCAGAGGGGAAACACAACCUGCACUUAAGAUUUGCGGCAGAAUUCAACAGGCUUGUCGAUGAAUUUCUCUGUCAGUGAAAAGCUGGGGACCUGGGACUCGCGCAUGUGAUUUGGUAAUGACUUGUAAAAUGACAGCCAGGGGGUAGUAGUCAAAAACACUCAGUAUGACCUUCAUGCAUCCCCAUACCUACCAUUGAGGACAUAGAGGUAAAGUCUGCAGUAUUUUCUCUGCAUCUCCGAUUACCAUGAUCCAGUAUGGGUCAUACCUACGAAGGGCUAACAGUUUUGACCUCAGUAUUUUAAAAACCCUGGCUACCAUCCUGACUUCCUGUCUAUAACAACCUUCAUCUUACUCGGUAUGAAUUUCUUUUAUGGAAAUAAAAACACUGCUUAAGUAAGUGUCAGCGUGACUUUUCCAAAUUAAAAGUGGAGGAUUAUAGAAAAACAUGCACUUGUUUAAUAGUCAACACGUAUUCGUAACGUACCUCUGAAAAUAUUAAUCUUGUAACUUACGCCAUAAUGAUCGUUUUCAUAAAAGAAGAUACCUCUGUGUACCGCUGUUUAGAACACCACAGGUCUAUGUCUGCCGCGGUUAGUUGAUGCCUUUAACACCGAAAAUGCGUCAACAUCAAUAUUUUAAAUCAACGCAUCUUUUUUAUUAUUAUUAUUAUAAAAUUUCUUUUAUUAUUUUCAAAAAACUUCAGUUAAUUAUAACAAAUAUUUUCCUUUAUUAUCAAAAAACAAAAAGGUGGUUGUACACGGUGCAAAGUUUCGAUGGCACACCACAACGCACUGUGUAUGAGCAACUAAAGAGAAAACACACUGGCGUAAUUUGGGAUGAUGGGCCGUCAGAGUAGGCAAAGCCACCGUAACUGCUGUCUAUUCAUGUUCAUUAUAUUACCAUUAGUAUGGAGGGAUUUUUAAUUUCUAUUUUCCCAGUAGCUGCUAAAUACAUUUAUUAUUAAAGUAAUAAAGUUGUCUGUCUGCUAUCUUAGAAUUUCCAUUGUAUAAGUGUUUAUGAAAAUGUUUAGUCUAGAAUCUGGUCUUAUUCUUCAUUGUUUGACGAUGCCGAUGUGUGUGUUAAUGCGCUGGGCUUGUUGAGACCAGUGUUAUUAUCGAAACUGAAACGAAAAUGGACACCAAAGAAAAUUAUUUGUGAACUGAAAUUAAAAUAAAAACUAUGUUUACCAAAAAAAGUCA